ACUUAUUCUUAAAAUAGUUGAUCUGGAAAAUGGUUAAACUUGAUAUGCCAAUUAAGAAUGUUGUUUGCCUCUUAUGACUAGUGUUGUUAACAUAGCUUUGUAACCUAUCAGGCAAAAAAAGAGUUGGACUAUAAGGAGAGCGUCAUGCGAUAUAUUCAGGAUUUGGGGCCAAUGGCGAAAUUCGUUGCUAUGAGGAAUUUAUCUCAAAUCUCGCCCCAAAGCUCUGUACCCCGAAAUGAAGUUCCGCACUUGCAGAUGGAAACUUUCCCUUAUGUCGUUCCUAACAUAUCACUAGGUCCUUUUCAACAAGUUGCAGCUGCAAGAUCGGUUCACCAAGGCUCUGUUCAUCAAAAAGCAGGUCCUGCAUUAACUGACUUUUCUUAUAGGAACCCUGGAAAGCCUCUUCAUCUCAAUGUACAUUCUCAAUCAAGUAAUUUCUAUGGAGGGAAUGUCCUACCGAUUGGAGGUAUGAAUCGAAGUGAAGAUCCGAGGUCUAAAAUUCCUGAAGCUAGUCACACAUUGGGGUACCCCACUCAUCAGACUGGACAAACACACUUCACGAACAAGGGGUUAGACAUCCGUAAUGAUUCUGAGAGGAACAUGACUGUCGGGAUUCCGUAUUCCAGUUCUUUCUACAAGCCCAUCGCUACAACUCUGUAUGGCAACCCAAAUCCCUUUGCCACAGGGAACAUUGCCCCUGAUUCUCAUGGACGUAGUUUCUCUAACAUGAUGAAAGAUGCUAUGAGGACGGAUGGACAGGGGAAAAUGGGAGAAGUAGUUUCUUCCUAUCCAGGAAUGCAUGCCAUAGCGGCAAAAAGAAACAGUCCUCUACUUCCUUCUUGGCAAGAGCCUUCUCUCGUUGCUAGCUCCUUUAUUGGGAAUGACCAUAAUGAUCUUGGCCACACACUGCAAGCGGCAUCCUUCCAUGAAGAGAGCUCACCUGGCCUUGGUCAAAUGUCAAACUGGGUAAGCCCAACCAACGAAGGCAGCUCAAAUGGUGCAGGUCGGUUUCUUUACUGGUUAAUCCCAGGCCAUGAAGCCAGCUCAACUGGUGCUGGUCCAGUGCCUAACUGGUUAAGCUUAGGCCAUGGAGGUGUCUCAGAUCAAGUUUCCAACUAUGCAAACCCAGUGACAUCGAAGCCUCAAUUCUUCGAGUUCUUGUGUCCCCAGCAAUCUGGACCCACGGAAGUUGAUGUCAUGGGGCAAGCUAGAAUUCCACAGCCGCAGGACCAGGCACCUCGACAUGACACACGGCUUGGGAGUUUCUUUGAUGUGCAGGAUGGCAGAUCUCAUGAUCCGAAAGGGAAGUCAAUCAUGGAAAACCCGACUCCGUCUGUCUCCCAACAUUCCUAGAUGAUUCCAUGGCUAAUUUGGUUUCGUGAGAGUUUGAGGAGUCAUGUUGAUCAUUUUACUCUUUUAUGUCUGAGUUAUGGUUGGAGUCAUGUGGAUUUUAUAAGAACAUAUUGAACCAAGUCUCCUUGUC